AUGCCGCCAUCACAACCCCCAUCUGCGCUGGGCGGAUCCCACAGCCCGAGCCUCACGUCCGCGGAUGUUCCAGACACAUCCCUGACCCUCUUCGUGAUAUCAGAUGGCGAUAGCGAUGGAGAUAGCGAUGACCGCCUCCAGCAUAAUGACGAUGACGACGUCGAGAUUGUCAGCGUCAAAGAUCAGUCGGCCUCUCUCCUUGCCAAUCCCGAAGCACCAGCUGCCCGUACCCUGGCAAAGCAUUUGGCCGAAGUGGAAUGUCCAAUCUGUUUCGAUUCAGUAACAACGGCUACCGUUACUCUGUGCGGCCACAUCUUCUGUCUUGAUUGUAUUUACCAAAGUGUGCUGAGUUCAAGCGCACGAGGGCAGGCUCGCCAAGGCAAGGGUUUGUGUCCACUAUGUCGAAAGAAUGUUAUCUUUAAAGAUACAAUAGUUUUGCGAAUGAGAAAGCAAACCGCCGGCUUAACGGAUGCCCCCAAGUUGCCCACACUCAAGCGAUCCGCGGAUAUCGAGAUUGGUGGACCUUCUAAACGAUAG